AUGAAGUGCCCCAAGUGCAGCCUCACGCAUGAAGUGUUCAAGUUCUGUCCUUUCUGUGGAGUUCCUCUUGUUGAUGCGGAGGAGAGCAGCGCGGGAGAAGAAGGACCAGGACCCCCAGACAGAACGGAACAUCAGAAAUCUCCUGGUGUCUCAUCAAGACAAGGCGACUGCAAAACAACAGUGACGGAAACCAGUACCACAGAUCUAGGUCUUUCUUCAGACGAGAGCUCUGUUGAUGGGGCCAGCUCCACGGUAGACCAACACCUCACUGUUAAGCCAUCCACCAGAACAAAUGCUUCACCUGGAGCUUACGAAGAAUCGUCUGCAAAAACUGACGGCGCAUCGGCAAAUGUGACCAUUGGAAUGACAGAACCUGAAAAGGAGGCUCGGCCAUACCCUCAAGUUUUCAAAGGCGAAAGCACAAAUAACAAUCUUCAAAACGAUUCGCCAACGCGCGAGCUAGAGAGUACGUCAUCAGUAGAUGAAGCAGCAUCUGUGGACCAAUCAGCAACGAAGGGAAACAUCGGGACUGAUGGUGAAAACAGCACGUCAGAUGUAGCAUCAUCUGUGGACCAAUCAGCAACGAAGGGAAACAUCGGGACUGAUGGUGAAAACAGCACGUCAGAUGUAGCAUCAUCUGUGGACCAAUCAGCAACGAAGGGAAACAUCGGGACUGAUGGUGAAAACAACACGUCAGAUGAAGCAUCAUCUGUGGACCAAUCAGCAACGAAGGGAAACAUCGGGACUGAUGGUGAAAACAGCACGUCAGAUGUAGCAUCAUCUGUGGACCAAUCAGCAACGAAGGGAAACAUCGGGACUGAUGGUGAAAACAGCACGUCAGAUGAAGCAUCAUCUGUGGACCAAUCAGCAACGAAGGGAAACAUCGGGACUGAUGGUCAAAACAGCACGUCAGGAUGA